UGCAUUAAUAAGGUAUAAUUUUGCAUUAGUCGUUGCAUUGUGUCGUUACUCAUGCCCAGUGCAAGAAGUCUCAAGUCCAGCAAGCAGACACUACGACGGGAAGUUCAGUUCUCUCUAGGAGAAUAGAGCUUGCGGAUCGAGGAGAGUGCCUUGUGUAGUCCCGGUUACAUUUUGCUUGCGCAUGCCAAGCAGCAAAUGUUUCUUGACAAGGGAAAUGGACCCCGCAGACCAUGAACCGGAGCUUCCCUCCGCCAUCCAUGACCUUAUACGGCGUCUCAAAGGAAAAGGACAGCGUAUAAUGUCGCUUCCCUUCUAGACGGGCCAGAAUUUCAGGAUUUCUUUCCGGAGCGAGCAUCGCUCUCGACGAUCACAGGGUGGCGAAGCAAAGUGCGCCUACGAGUGCUGGAGGCAAUCGGCAACUGCAACACCCUUGAGGUUAUGAAGGUGUACAAUAUUUGUGGCGGGUAUAUAUCGAGGUUGAUGACUAGCGAGUGGGAACUGGUUUUGAGAAAAUUCAGGUCUAGCACUGUUCUAUGGGAGAUAAUUCUUGAGGAUUUGGAAUGGAGUUCAGAUGAGGAUGUGGAGAGCUUGUGUUUACAGGUGGGGAGAAUUCUGAAAACCUCCAGCGUAGAAAGAUUCCGUGUGAAAAAUUGUAGAUUGAGUGCCAGAUGUUUCUUGAAUCUUGCAUCAGGACUGCGAGGAAAUCUUGAAUCUAACCUCAAGUGGUUAACUCUACGUAACGCGUGGGAGGGGUCGAGUGCGGCGAAGCAUGUGGCUGACAUGAUCAACAGUGCUCCUCUAUUAGAAAGAUUGCAUUUAAGUGUAGGGUCGGAGGAAGACAUGGAUGAAGAGACCGUUGGAAUCCUGUCCCAGUCUUUGAUCCACAGCUCGUCCUUGAACUGGUUGAUUUGUGAUGGUCCGGGGAUGUGGGGAGCGGCCUUGUUGAUGAAAGCCUUGGCCGGAGAUGAUGGCAACCGAUCCAUUGAGUGUCUUCACCUGGAGCAUAUGGAUGGACUCGUAGACUGUUUAAGGGAAAUUUUUACUUCCAACCCAUCGUUGAGGAUUGUGAAUUUGUCCUACUUGCGGAUGCGUCCUGAGGAAUGGCACCGGCUCGGCGAACUAAUACGUGACAAUGCUAGAGCAACAAGAGUAAGACUAGAUUUUGACUUCGACCACGAUGAUGACUGGAAUUCAAUAGAAGCUCUUGAGUGUCUUCACCUGGAGCAUAUGGAUGGACUCGUAGACUGUUUAAGGGAAAUUUUUACUUCCAACCCAUCGUUGAGGAUUGUGAAUUUGUCCUACUUGCGGAUGCGUCCUGAGGAAUGGCACCGGCUCGGCGAACUAAUACGUGACAAUGCUAGAGCAACAAGAGUAAGACUAGAUUUUGACUUCGACCACGAUGAUGACUGGAAUUCAAUAGAAGCUCUUGAGUGUGCUGCUAGGUCCGAUGUCGAGGACCCCACUUUGGAGCUUGCACUCGAACCUCCGAAUGAGCAUGAAUUGAUGUUAUCAUUCAACCUAUUAGGCAGGGUACUGCGCGGGGAAGUCAAAUCUAUAAACUUUUUGGAUAUAGCAGCGGAUGUUGUUCGCAUUUCAGGUAGCAACCAAGUUAGAAUGGAAGGUAUCCUCUCCAUGAAUGGAAAAACUGGGGAAACUUCAGUCCUGAAGAGUCUACUAAUAAGAUAUUUGGACGGAGUACAAGUCUCACUAUUAUGGAAGCAACUAUUUUGGUGCCUGCGCGGGAAUACAAGUCUCACUCUCUUGGAUUUGUAUUACUCCGAACUCUACGAUGAGGAUUUCAGGGACCUGAUGGAUCUACUGCAAGUUAACUUGACUCUCCAGGAAAUAGAUGUCUCAAAAACCUCAUGGGAAAGGGACGGGAAGUCAGCGAUGAUUCAAGAGGCCCUCAAGCAGAACAAGAAGCGGGCCGUCUACUUGUCCGUGUUUAGGGAAGCCAAGUUAACAUUUGAACAUGCAAAAGCUAGUGGACUCUUCAUAUGCGGCUCACCUAGAGCCGGCAAGACUCAACUGCGGCAAACCAUGAUGAGGAUAAUUCAAGGCAAAAGUUGGCUUGGAGAGAAAUGGGAGUCAUUGUGGAGAACCAAAGGAAUAGAAGUGGAGUUUGUGCAAAACAAUGAUGAUAUGCAAAUCUCAAUUUGGGAUCUUGCAGGACAAUCAAUUUUUCGCACCCUCCAAAAUGUGCUCUUUCCGCAAACCAACAGUUUCUGUGUUUUUCUUUUUGUGUAUAGUCCCUUCUGCAAACCAGACACUUGUUUCAGAACUGAGUUGGAGGAUUGGUUGAGUUUCAUCACAUCCAGCACUAGUGUCAGGGGACAUAAUCUUCCCCAAGUUCUUGUUGUGAUUUCACACAAGGAUAAAGCCAUAUAUAGAUCUCUGACUUGGGCUGAGUCCAUAGUGAAUGAACUCAUGAAAAAAUUUGAAAAGUUUGUGGAUCUCCAC